CCUCAUGGUCCAUCACAUCAUCAUCAGAAAGGUACUCUUCAGCCACCAUUUCAACAAUUUCUUCAGGAUUUAAUUUUUCAAAACCAUCAUUCAUCAACCUCUCUAUAAAAGGCUUUCUGAGGUUGCUGAAGAAACGUUUCUGGAACCAUAUCAGCAUCUUGUAUAUCUUGUGUUGAUACUACAUUGUUCUUCUGCGUUUCUGAAAGGAUCUUCUUCUCCUCCACGUGAUAGUUCGCGUGUCCUUCCUCAUUCAUUUUAAUUUUCUUUGUGCUUCCGCCCGAAAGAUCUUUCUCUUGUGGAAAUCUUUUUUCAACGUCCGUAAAUUAACUUUCAAAAACAAUUUUUCCUUCUCAAAAUUCUUUUUUCUUUAGAGACAGUACUUUUUACAUUAACUAAUCAAUCAAUAGUAACUAUCUCCCUACUUUUUUAUACUAAAAAUAUUGGCUUUACAUUUUCCAUUUAUCACUUUUAUCAACUUUCUCUUUAUCCCUUUAUCCAAUAAAAAAUCUCGUGACAGAAUGAUAGAACCCGCCGCCUCCCCGUAACGGAUUCUGCGGAUACUUAGUUAGUAGUUACCGACUUACCGUCCCAUCCCAAACCCCCCAAAUGAUAAACCCUAGAUUCGUCAAUUAACCUUCAACUCCCACACAGGCUUUUGCAUUUCAUACUUCAAAGUUCGAUUCUUUCAACCUUUAACCCAAAAGAUUCUCCCUCUUCGUCCAUGUCCUUCUUCUUCACCUUCCUCAAUUCAAGCUCCUCUUGCAGCAGCUUACAUGUAACGAUAACAACACAAUUCGCGGUAAAAGGGAGUUUUUGAGGUUUUAAGAGUUGUUUUCGGUGAAUGAUGGAGGCUCGAGUUGGUAUUGUAGUAGAAGGUGGGCAGAAAGCCCUUAACGCCGCCCACGGCACCGUAGUCGAUGGCGGCGGGGCAGCUAAGUUUCUGCCGCAUAAUAAUCGCCGGAACCAGCAGCAGCAGCAGAAUCAACAACAGCGGCAGAAGUCGCAGAUAGGAAGCGUUCAUCAGCUUCUUGCUGGCGGCAUCGCCGGUGCUUUCAGCAAAACCUGCACUGCACCCCUUGCUCGCCUCACUAUCCUUUUUCAGAUACAAGGUAUGCAUUCUGAUAUGGCAACAUUGAGCAAGCCUAGCAUAUGGUUUGAAGCUUCCCGUAUUGUCAAUGAAGAAGGAUUUAGAGCAUUUUGGAAAGGCAAUAUGGUUACCAUUGUUCAUCGUCUCCCAUAUUCUGCUGUCAACUUCUAUGCCUAUGAACACUACAAGAAUCUAUUACAGUCACUGAUUGGUGAGAAUCAUAGCGGAAAUGCUAGUAAAAACCUAUUUGUGCACUUUGUGGGUGGUGGUUUAGCAGGUAUAACAGCUGCUUCUGCCACAUAUCCUUUGGAUCUUGUGAGAACGCGACUUGCAGCACAGAGAAGUGCUGUAUACUAUAGGGGCAUCUCACAUGCUUUCAGUACCAUUUGUAGGGAAGAAGGUUUCUUUGGUCUGUACAAGGGCCUUGGAGCAACAUUGCUGGGUGUUGGGCCCAAUAUUGCUAUUAGUUUUUCUGUUUAUGAGGCCUUACGUUCUUUUUGGAAGUCCCAAAGGCCCGAUGAUUCUACUGUCAUGGUCAGUCUUGCUUGUGGAAGUCUUUCGGGAAUUGCAUCAUCGACAGCAACAUUUCCUUUAGAUCUCGUAAGACGGAGGAUGCAAUUAGAGGGUGCUGGUGGUCGAGCUCGUGUUUAUAACAGUGGUUUGUUUGGGACAUUUAGGCGCAUAGUUCAAAAUGAAGGGUUGCGAGGUCUGUACAGAGGGAUUUUGCCCGAGUAUUACAAGGUUGUUCCUGGUGUGGGCAUUGUCUUUAUGACUUAUGAGACACUGAAGAUGCUUCUAGGAGAUAUUUGAAUCGUCAAUUUCCCCUAGUUUAUCCCAAAGAAACAUUCCAUUUGACCUUGUAAGGUGCAUAGUGCUUGUGGUUGUGGUUGAGCUCUUGUCUGUAAUACUAUGAUUUAUGGAUUACAAUACAAAGCGGUUAUUCGUAAUCAGGACUAUGACUUAUGAGACAUUGAAGGGGCAUUUUCAAUAGUCAGUUUCAUGCGUCUAAUGGUAGUGUUAGCUGAAUUUGAUUUGAGUGGAGUAUGACUUUUCAGGGAAAAGGAUAUGCUUUAAUUUAAGAUUUCAUGGCUUCACAUGUUUCUAGGAAAUUUUGUAGUUAAUUUUGAUGUUACUACCUAUGUAAUUUGUUAGGUAGUUGUAGCUCAUGAGUUACUUCAAUUGUACUAAUUUCGGAUUUAGAUUUGAUCUAUACUGAAGUUAAUCAACAAAGGGACCAUGUUGCAGGACAUUUGUUUUCUUGGUAAUGUCCUUGGAAGUCUCUUUUUUACAAAUUUUGAUGAAAUAAUAUAUCAUUGUUGGAGA